AUGCCAUUUAAACCGGUGGAACAUCCGAAAUGUCCGAAAUGCGGUAAAUCAGUGUAUGCUGCAGAAGAAAUGAAUGCUGGUGGUUAUAAAUGGCAUAAGUUUUGCUUCAAAUGUGCUAUGUGUAACAGAUUACUUGAUUCAACAAAUUGCUGUGAACAUCAAGCUGAAUUAUACUGUAAACAAUGCCACAGUCGAAAAUACGGCCCUAAAGGGGUUGGCUUUGGUAUAGGUGCCGGUGCAUUAACCAUGGAUACCGGGGAACAUUUCGGGAAUACCGAAGUGGAAAUGACGUUAGUCGUUGUUGGUCCAUUUUUACAAUAA